AUGCUACAUGGACGACCUCAAGAUGUACUCAUACAACAUUUUACUCAACAAAAUUUGCCUCAAACAAGCAUGCAACAGCAACAACAACAUCAACAGCUUCAGGUUUGUCGACUGAGUUUAUUGAGUAGUGCGGCCAAGUAUAAAGUUACCGUGGGAGAGAUUCAACGUCGUUUAUCGCCUCCUGAAAGUCUUAAUGCUUCCGUGCUUGGCGGUAUUUUGCGCAGAGCAAAAUCAAAAGAUGGUGGGAAAUCAUUACGAGAUCAAUUAAAACAGGUCGGGCUUCAACUGCCAGCUGGUAGAAGGAAAGCGAGUAAUGUGAACUCUCUUACUGCACUUGUUGAAUUUGAAGCAAUGCAUUUGGCGAAGGAUUUUAACACGGUUUGUGAAAAUGAGUUUCCAGCUCGAUCUAUUGCUGAAUAUCUUAAUCAGAUAAAAUUUUCGCUGGAACCUUCAGCUGCUCAGCGACGGAAAAAUAUGGUCCUUGCAACAAGAAAUAUGUUGACAGAACUGAAAGAUUUGUUAACUAAGGAUCGUAGUCCACUUUGUUCGUCUUGUCCUCCUCCGAUUCUUGAUAUUGCAAUUCAGGCUAAAUUAACUCAUUUUUCAAUGGUCACUCAUGGCUUUGGAGCUCCAGCGAUGUUAGCUGUAAUUAAUGCAAUAAUGAACUGGCUAAAUGAAACUUUAAAAUCCUUAGAUCGACUUUCGUAA